AUGGAGUCCACCUCCACGACUGGAGACCUCGUCACAUUUAGUGCAAAUUUAAAGCAGCUCGCGCUAACAGAGAGCACUACGGUCACCGCCCUGGCAACCAAGGAUAUCAACAAUUCCGGCACAUGCCUAACCCAGGGGGCCAACGAUACACCGCCUCUCCAAAUUUGCGCCGCUGAAAGGCAAUUGCGAAAGCGGUCCCACUUACCUGCUCCUGACGAAUGGGUUCAGGACGGAAUGGCCUUAAAAAACAUCCACACUGGGGUCCUGCUGAAAAAAGGAAAGCCGGAAGAGUACGCGCUGGUCCAAUAUCUCAAUCCGGGGGACGUCUCCAUGAGCGGAUCCGCGCGGUAUUGGGACGUAGAAUGGAAUCAAGGCAGCGUCCGGUGGCCUACAACGGCUAGCGUUCAGUGUCCUUCGGUGGAAAGCGGAACCGCUACCUGGGUGGCGGCGGCUGCAGCGGCACCGCAGGAAUUACUUCGUCAAGUCCAACUUUUUCGUUUUCCUGGAGAACUCAUCAACUCUCUUGCCGACUCAGUCAUCGUUCAGUGGACAGAGAACUGGCGGCGGGAAUGUCUCCAGCACUGUCUAGCGCGUUACCGGACUAAGUUUCCGUCACAAGCAACGACGGCGUGGUUAGAUCAGUGGGUGCAACAGAUCAAGAUGCUACAGGAGCGGAAGGUCGCCGGUAAUCUCGGUGAUGACGCGGAUCAUUGGAAACGACUCCGUUUCAACAAAUAUGGGGGUGACGAUCUUCUUCGGCUUUGUGAUCCAGUUCGCCGGGUGAAAUUUAGUCACCACACCUUAUGCGCACAUCUGUAUCAAGUUGAAAUUGCAGAGCUCUUAUCGGUGACCGAUAUGGUAGCUAGUCGUCGGACCGUGUUGGAGGCUCACGUCCAGCUUUUACAAAGCGAUGCGAACUAUAAACUCAGCUACAACAGGGAUGGGAAACAGGCCAAUUGGGCCAGUAUAGCGCAUUAUUUUGAAGCAGCCUUCGAGAAGCCAAUGGCCAUCGAAGCUACUGACUACUAA